ACAGAUCACGCAAGGUUCUGCAUUCAACUCAAUUUAUCAUAAAGCCACAAUGAACUCGUCCAAGUCCAAACACAGCUUCUGCUUGCUGCUGCUGCUAUGUGUUAAUGGGAUAGUCUCAGCUAAUGAAUUAUCCUCUGAUUAUUACGCGUCGACGUGCCCCGCUGCUCUUCUCACCAUUAAAGCAGCGGUUUUGGCCGCCGUGCUGAAAGAGCCUCGCAUGGGAGCUUCCUUGCUUCGUCUCCAUUUCCAUGAUUGCUUCGUCCAAGGAUGCGACGCAUCCAUAUUGCUGGACGACUCAGAAAAUUUCAGAGGUGAAAAAACUGCUUUUCCCAACGUGAAUUCAGUGAGGAGCUAUGAGGUUAUAGACAAGAUCAAAUCUGCUUUGGAGUUCAUGUGUCCUGGCGUUGUGUCCUGUGCUGACAUUGUGGCCGUUGCUGCCAGGGACUCAGUGGUUACACUGGGAGGACCAUCCUGGGAAGUGAAAAUGGGGAGAAAAGACUCGAUCACAGCCAGUUUAGAUGAUGCAAAUAGGGAUUUACCGGCUCCCUUUCUGGAUCUUAGCGGCCUCAUCUCUGCUUUCUCCAAAAAGGGAUUCACAGCCCAAGAAAUGGUUGCUUUGUCAGGAUCGCACACAAUAGGGCAAGCGAAGUGCGCAACUUUCAGGACAAGGGCUCACAACGACACUAACAUAGACCCGUCGUUUGCAGCAUCACUAAGAGCAAGAUGCCCAAGCGCAGGCGGCGAUGGCAAUUUAUCACCUCUAGACGCCACCACUCCCAACUUUUUCGACAACUCUUACUUCAGGAAUCUGGUAAACAACAAGGGUCUCUUGCACUCCGACCAAGCUCUCUUCAAUGGAGGCUCCUCUGAUUCCUUGGUCACCACUUACGUAUCCGAUCCUUGGCGUUUCAGAGCAGACUUUGCCAAUGCCAUGCUUAAGAUGAGUGAACUCAGCCCUCUAACUGGUUCCCAUGGCCAGAUCAGGAGAAAUUGCCGCAAACUCAAUUGAUCUAUUCACUGCAAUUCUAUAUAUCAUUCAUACUUUGUCUCUAUUUUCAUUUCUUCCCGGUGACUUGUCUUUCAGUAAGCCUAGUUUGCUGUUUUAUUGAUGCUGUUCCUUUUUAAUUUUUUGGUUUUCUGGUUUCAAAUGAGACUUUUGGAGGAAUAAUUGUUAAGCCAAUUUAAGUUAUUUACUAAGAAUAAAUUCCACCCUUCUCAUAAAUAAAAAUUUAGAUGAGUUAG